AUGUCUCAAGAGAUGACGGAUAUGGAGCUUGAUAAAGAGUGGAAGCCCAACGGUAGACGGCCUCAAUCGACCAUGGCUCGUUCUCUCGCUGCUGCUCUAGAUAAUGCUUUCAUGCUCGACUCGGAGGUGGACUCCCUCACCAACUCCAUCCACUAUAAACAGCAAAUUGUCUCGAUGCAGAGUCGCGAGCUCGAAGCUCUGGAAGCUAGGAUUCGAGCGACCGAGAACAGGCUAAGGAUGCAAAAGGGGGAGGCCCCUCUUGAACCCUACAAGGCAGAUGACCGUGCCAAUAAUGAUGUCGCGGCUCAGAACAAUGGCAUAAACAACUCACGCAGGGGUAGAACACCUCUGGAUGUCUCUACCGCAGAUAAGGAGCGUGGCCUCCCACCUCUAUCUACGCCCAACCAGUCCGACGAUGGCUUCACCACCAACGCUUCCACCUCUCCUGCAACCACAGACCAGGACGAGGAGACCGAAAACCAUGCUGGUAUUCAUGGUCGACGCAACCAGGAAGAUAGCCCCAAGGGCAAGGGAGGAUGGCCCUGA